CGUUGCUAGACUUCGAUGAGCGAACUCAGUUAACUCAUAGUCACAACUUCUAAUUCUCCUGCCUGUUGCAUCAGAUUCCAAAACCAAUUUCUACUUCACCACCUGAUCAUCACUUCCAUUUCCAUUCCAUAUUAUCAGAGACAGUGUUUGGAUUCAUCACCAUGGAAGCAUCAUCAAUCAUCACCAAAUCACUAAUCAAACCCCAUUUCCUCACUACUAUCCUUCUUCCCAAACACCCCCCUUUUCAUUUCUCUCAAAACCCAUCUCAUUUCCCCAUCAAUCAUCACCCCAUCACCCUUUCACUAUCAAACCCAAACCCUGGUUUCCCCAAUUUCAAACCAAGAUUCUUCCUUUCUUCUUCAAUUCAGCCCAAUUUCACCUCCUCCUCAAUACCCACAAACCGAUUCGCCCGAAUUCUCUCCGGGAACAACGAAAAGCUCUUCGAAUGGAAGUUCCCAUUCGACGUCGAAAACGAUGGAGAAUUGGGGUUUUUUGAUAAGGAAAAUCGCCCGGUUGUGACAGUUGUUGUGCUGGGUUGGUUAGGAUCACAACAAAAACAUUUGAAGAGGUAUGCUGAAAUGUAUAGUUUGUUGGGUAUGAAUGUCAUCACAUUUCCAACUUCGGUGAAUGAUGUGUUGGGGUUUGAUUUGGGAAGGAGAAUGGAGAAAAGAGUUGAGGAUUUGAGUGAUGAGAUUGUGAAAUGGAUGGAGAACAAGGAUGGGGAUGAUGGCAGAGAGCGAUUUUUGAUCUUCCACACGUUUAGCAAUACCGGCUGGCUUGCAUAUGGUGCUAUUUUGAAUCAAUUGCAGGGUAGAGAAGAGAUACUUAAGAAAAUUAAAGGGUGCGUUGUUGAUUCAGGAGGUGCCGCUGGGCUUGAUCCCAAGGUAUGGUCAGCUGGAUUCACCACCGCAAUGCUUAAAAAGCAAAGUUCUGCGGUUUAUGCUUCCUCUGAGACUGGAGAACUUCAAAAUGGAGCAACAAUUGUGAGUACAGACAAACCUUCGUGCACGGAGGUCUUACUUCUAACCGUAUUUGAGAAGUUUUUCACUUAUCUUCUUCAAUAUCCAGAUAUAAAGCUGAAGUUGAUAAACGUAAUAUCCACUCUAUCGGUAAACCAGCCUCCUCACCCGCAACUCUACCUCUACAGUACAGCGGAUAAGGUAAUUCCAUUUCAAAAAAUAGAAGCAUUUGCUGAGGAACAAAAGAAACAGGGAAGAAAAGUAACCACAUUCAACUUCAAAUCGACCCCACAUGUAGAUCAUUACCGGACGUUCCCACAUACAUACCGUUCUGUGAUUCAAAAUUUCUUGAAAGAUUGUUUUGCUGCAAAUGACAAGCAUGUGUACAACUUAGUUCAGUGACAAUGAAAGCCUAGAAUGACUAGUUGAUUUCUUACUUUUACUCAAGAUGUGUUCGUAUAUUGUACUCGAUGUACAACCAAAUACCACUCACUAACCUUUCCUUGAGUAGUUGAGUGCAAUGUUUGUUGAACGCUAUGUAUAAACCCUCCAAGGUUUAUUUAUUUAUUUAUUUUUUAAAGAAAA